UUCUUCCAUUGACUAACCCACAGUUCCGAGCGCACAGGGUAUAACGGCCGUAGGAACAAACGCUAGACCACUACAUACCAAGGAUAUUGAAAACAGAAGGGUCCCCUGUUCCGUGGUCUAGCAGAAGGCCAAGUUAUGCGGCCCUGGACAUCAGUAGCCCUGUUGGCGGUUGUGCUCAUCAAGUGGAUCAGCUGCAUCAACGGCUUCAGCGACUUCUGCAACAAACCCGUCAACUCCAGAAUCUGUGCAAUCCUGAGUGGUGGCCCCCCUCAAAAUGAAGAAAAACGGUUCCUUCGUUUCGGUCGUACAUUGGCAGGGGACAGCUUCCUGAGGUUUGGCAGACAAUUCUACAGAAUAGGAAAGGAUGGGGACGAUAUGGAGAAAAGAUUUUUGAGAUUCGGGCGUUCUGAUUCAGAUCUUGAUGACGUCAUACGUGCUUCCUUACUCGCAUAUUCAUUGGACGAUUCACCAAACAAUAGACGCAGGCGAUCCGUUGCUACUGCCCCGGUCGAGACCAAGGCUGUGGAGGUGGGAAACAAGGACAUUGAGAAAAGAGACGCCGAUGAGCUGACCAGUGAAGACAAGCGCUUCAUGCGGUUCGGGAGAUCUGGAGAAGAUGAAAAGAGGUUUAUGAGGUUCGGCAAGUCGGGAGAAGAAGAAAAGAGGUUUAUGAGGUUCGGCAAGUCGGGAGACGCAGAGAAGAGAUUUAUGAGGUUCGGCCGGGCUGGGGAAGAAGAGAAGAGGUUUAUGAGGUUUGGACGUGAUGGAGAAGACGAAAAACGGUUCAUGAGAUUCGGAAAGAGCGGCGAAGAGGAGAAGAGGUUCAUGAGAUUUGGCAGGGCUGGGGAAGAUGGUGAAGAAAUUGAAGAUGAAGAUGAAGGGAUCGAAGCAGACAAGCGUUUCAUGAGAUUUGGUCGUGACGGCGAAGACGAGAAACGAUUCAUGAGAUUCGGAAAGAGUGGAGAAGAUGAGAAGAGAUUUAUGCGAUUCGGCAAACGUUUCAUGAGAUUUGGCCGUGACGGACAAGACAAGAGGUUCAUGAGGUUUGGCAAGAGGUUUAUGAGGUUCGGAAAGCGAGAUUCUGGUGAAGGCAGUACAGAGAAAGCCGAAACUGCCGAGAGUUAGGUUGUGUCAUCAGAAAGACUAUGAUUCUUUAAACAUAGUAUAUCAUAUUUUGGGCAAUAUGUCUCUUUAUACAGAAAUUGUUUGGGGCGAGAGUGAGGGGUAUGGACUGUUCGCUGUUUCACACCCACCACCAUUAAAGAACGUGAGUCUAUCAUUCUGAAACUGCUUGACAUGUCCUUGCAGGUUACUGUGGCCAGCUGCCAUGUUGGGUGUUCACCUUUGUUUACGUACAUACAUUGAUUGAUUGUUGAAGUAUUUACAAUGAAACUGUAAAUAAAUUCCAUCCAAACAUG